AUGAUAACCAUCUUCCCCGGCUGCAGCGUGCAAUCGUUCAGAGCACGAGUGGUAACAAAAGUGUGCAUGGCGAGCUCGAGUGCUGUCCUCGGAAAGCGGGCCAGGUCGGUGUCGACCGAUGCGGCUGCCUAUGAUGAAGCUGCAGCAUCGGAAUCUGAAUCGGAACCUUUCGUCUGGCCUGCCCCUCUAGCGAGGCUCGAAGCGGCCAGAAACUUCAUUCGAGAAUGUGCCGCCUCUCCAAAGAACAUCCUCCUCGUCCCAGACCGGGAUGCGGACGGCCUCUCUUCUGGUACCAUAAUGUCACUAGCCCUACAACUCCUCUCCAAGCCGCAGCACCAGAUCCACACGCACUUCGUCCUAGCAGGCCGCAACAUAUUCAGCACCGAGGAGCGGGAGUUGAUGACGGGCCUCUGCCGCGAACAAGAAAUUUCGCACAUGAUCGUACUUGACCAAGGCUCGCGCGCAGCGCCGCCACUAGUGGAGGCAGACACGGGCACCAAAGUCCUGAUCAUCGACCACCACCAGAGCGCGCACUUCCCCUCGGGCGCGGUGGUAGUGAACGCGUGCGCGCACGCGCCUGUCGCCACAUCGAGCGUGCUAACGUACGCGAUCUGCGAGCCGCUGCACGCCGCGGUGGAAGAGAAGGCGGCGUGGCUCGCCGUGCUGGGGGUGUUUGGCGACCUUGGUCCGUCGACGAAGCUGGAGCCGCCGUACCCGCCGGCCCUCGCCGCGGCGAAGAAGAAAUACCGCGCCACGCAUAUCUCGAGCCUCACGGCGCUGAUGAAUGCGCCAAGAAGAACGCCAGAGUGCAAUACCAUCGAUGCGUGGAUGCUGCUGCAGCACGCACCAGACGAUGAGAAUCCGCCCACGCCGAAGAGGAUCUUGGAUGGUGAGGUGGACAAGGUUGGGAUCGAACAGCUGAGGGAUGCAAGUGCCAGGAUUAAGGCGGAGACCGAGAGGUGCCGGCGCAACGCACCCGUGUUCUCGGCGGAUAGGAGGGUCGCCGUCGUGCUUAUGCACUCCGCAUACCAAAUUCAUGGCCCUAUCGCCACCAUGUGGGCCGGGUUCCUGAAGGGUAGCAGGCUCGAGGUGGUCAUGGCAGCGAAUACGGGGUAUGUCGAGGGGAAGGUCAACUUUUCCUGUCGGAUGGCUCGGUCAGCUAAGCCACCGGAUGGAGAGAGCGGCGUGGAUAUCAUCGCCAUGCUCUCGGAAUACGCUGCGAAGGAUCAGUGGCUGCUGGAAAACGUUGGGACGGAGUUUGCGAAUGGUCACAAGCAGGCGACCGGUGGAAGCCUGAGGAAGGACGUGUGGGAGAUGUUUGUGGAGAAAGGAUUGGAGCUGACGAAGAAGGAGGAUAAAAAGACGAGGAAAUCGAAGAAGGAACCGGCAGAGAAGAAGCAGAAGAACACGCUGGAUGCGUGGGUCAAAAAGGACUAG